AUGGCUUCAUCUAGUCGUACAGUCGAUAAAUUUGCCUGUGAAACAUCGCGAUAUCUUCUGCCGACGUUCCGUCGUCCAGGCUAUCGUGAAAUAAUGGACACACAUGUCGAAUACGAUCCCGGUCAUGAAGUUUUCCCCAUAUGGACCAAAGAAGAUGGACAAUACUAUCGUACCAUCAACACGGCACUUCUCAAUGAUAACUAUGACGUAUUAAAAAAGAAUGUCAAGUUUAUCAAUAGCCUACGACAUGCAAUUCGAGAUAACAAUGCAAAAGAAUCGGUGAAAGUCUAUCGCGGUUUGUGUAUACCAAGUAAACAUGUUAAUCAGGAAUAUAAAGUAGGUUUACAGUUUCUAUGGCCGACAUUUACUUGCACAUCGAGAAAUAAGGACAUGGCGCAUGUUUUUGGUGAGUAUACAUUUGAAAUUGAAACGUCAAGUCAAGAUUGGACUUAUCGGAGUGAUAUUUCGAAAUAUUCGAUGUUUCCUGAAGAGGAAGAAGUGUUAUUUUAUCCAUAUAGUGGAUUUGUUGUUCAGAAUGUUAUACCAGAUGCGAAAAUCAUUCAGCUGAAAUGUGUCGAUACAUUACACGUUGAAGAAACGUCGGAAAAACUCAUACCUGAAGAAGUACAAAUCUUCGAUUCAUCAAGAAAUAUCUUUGUUUAUUUUUACAAGAAAGCGUCCGAAGUGUACUGGUCUUACGCGAAUAAGCCUGAUCAGCGAUUUCUCAUUGCUGGUAAUCAGAGCGGAUACUGGGAUGCACCUUAUCGUUAUCAUCAUCGGAGAGGAUAUUUUAUACAUAAAGGAAUGAAUCUAUGGGAAGAAUAUCAAAAUGAUGAAUGUUUUGCGACGUUUACUCGAAUUGGUUUGGGAAAUAACUAA